GUCUUUUGCCACAACAACCACACAUAUGAAGCUCAUCGCCACCGCUGCCGUGCUCGCCGCCACCAUCUCGCAAACCGAGGCCCACGGGCGCAUGGUCAUGCCGCCGCACCGCGGCUACAUCGGUCGCCUCCCGGCGUUCAAGGACAUCCCGAUCAACUACAGCGACAACGGUCUCAACGCCGGCGGCAUUGGCGGCACCAAGGGCGGCAAGCACGGCGUCUGCGGCGACCCGUUCAACGGCGCGCGCGACCACGAGACGGGCGGCAUGUACGGUCUCUUCCCCAAGCUCGGCUCCAAGGCCAUCGGCGCGUGCUACAAGCCGGGCCAGACACUGGACCUCAACAUCCAGAUCACGGCCAACCACAAGGGCUUCUUUGAGUUUGGCAUUUGCAAGCUGAACGGCAAGGGCGACAAGGAGACCGAGGAGUGCUUCCAGACGCUGACGCAGCCCAACGGCGAGAAGCAGUGGCCACUUCCGGCAGGCAACGACUUUUUCAAGAUGCAGUACAACCUGCCCAAGGACCUCAAGUGCGACGGCGACUCGCACUGCGUGCUGCGCUGGUGGUACGCCGGCGGCAACAACCCGGGCGUCGGCAUUGACGGCCAGGAGCAGUUCUGGAACUGCGCCGACAUUUACAUUAGCGACUCAUGCGGCUCGGACCCGAAGCCGUCGCCCAGCAGCCAGAACCCGACACCGGCGCCGAGCAGCAACAAGCCGUCGCCCAGCAGCGACAAGCCGACGCCGUCCACCAAGCCGUCGACCAAGCCCACGACCAAGCCCACGAGCGCGCCGUCGGGCAACGCCAAGAAGCAGUGGGAACAGUGCGGCGGCAAGGGCUACACGGGUGCGACGUCGUGCCAGGACGGUCUCGACUGCUUGAAGCAGGACGAGUGGUACUCGCAGUGCGUGCCGGCCGUUCGCUUUGGCUAA